UCAAGAGCAAAGUAUUUGGUUCCAGAAACUCAUAGAAAGCCAUGAUCACUUCAUAUUAUGAGUAUGAAUGAUAAAAACAGGCAUGUGUCUGUUCCACAACCCUUGCCUGCCAGUUAUGGUCCUCCAGUUCCUCCAGUUGGACCUGGUCCAGGUCAAGGUCCAUGUGUGGGACAGCAGCCAUGGAUGCCUAAUGCUAUCCAUCCUGCACCUUAUCACAUGCCUCAUCAAGGUUAUCCACCAGGCUAUAAGAAUAGCAGCUCUCCAAUUCGUGCAUCUGCAUAUCCUCCGUCAAUGCAUCAUGGCGGGUAUAUCCAACGUUACCCACCGUAUGACUCACAGUGCCAAAGUUUUCCAUUCAAUAAAGUUCAUGAAGGUCCAACUCGUCCACCCAACCCAACUUCAUAUUCCAUAGUAAGGCAUUUUAAUUCCCAACCCUCCUAUAAUGAAACACACAAAGAUCAUCAUAUUUCAAAAAAUUCCAUAGAUGUGUUUCCACAAAGUAAGAGUCCUCACCCCGGUCAAAACUCUACCAUCAAAGAAAAGAACAAUAUCCAGACUCUAGAAAAAAAUGGUAGGGAAGAGAUGCUAUCUUCCCCAUCCGAAGGAAAAAGUGAUUCAGAAACUAACAAUACUACAACAGAAUCUUGUCCAGAUGAUACCAGAUCUCCAACAAGUUGUGAUAAGCAAGAAAGUUUCUGUGUUGAUAAAAGCAACAGCUCCACUAAGUCAGUCGGUGAUUCAAACUCUCAUGUGGAUUUAGAAUCUCAUGCAAAGAAGUGUAAAACAAAUAAUAGUGAAAAUAACUCUGAGCAUGAUAGCCAAACAUUUUCUUCCAUUUCAAGUAGCAAUAACCACAAUAAGAAAGAAAACUCUACUAUUCAUCCUUCAUACGAAAUGAGGGUUCAUAAUCCAACUUAUCAACUUGGUGAUAAUAUGUAUGGUAUGUUUCCAGAAGGAGACAGACGUAUGCAUGCAAAUAAUAUACAACAUAAUCCAAACAUUGCAUUAAAUCCACAUCAUGCAAAUGAAUCUAUGCAUUAUGGAUAUAGAGUUUCACAACGCAGCACUUUGAGUGAUGUUGAUAAACUAUCCGAUCUAGAUUUCUCGGAAAAAAGCAAUACUUCUGAAAAUGUCUUCCAAGUUCCUUCAAUUUCUUCCACGACUCCACCAAAGAUUUUCCCACCUAUACCACCUUCUCCUAUAUCUGAGUCGUGGGAGGAUACGAAAUAUUAUGCCCCACAAGAAGACAUGGAUUCCGAAAAGGUCCCGCGAAAGAAGAGGAAAAGAUGUGGUGAAUGCCCUGGCUGCUUACAGAAGCAGAAUUGUGGAAGAUGUGGACCAUGUAGAAGUGUACGCAGUCACCAGAUAUGCAAAAUGAGGAAGUGUGAAUCUCUUAAGACCAAGAAAGAAAAGGCUGCUGAAGAAGCUGUUAAAGCUGGGAGGAAAGGCAGCAAAGAAUUAUUAAAUACAAAUAAUUUGGAGUGCCUCCGAAAUUCUGCUGACAUCAGUAGCAAAGUUAAUGGUGGACCUCAGCCAUAUAUCAAUCAAGGAGAUAGUCAGCCACCAUCAAAUUCUGCAACAAUGCAUUUGGGGAAUCAAGGCAUGCGUAAUUAUAUAGAUCAAUAUCAACCUCAAGGUGGAAAUAACUAUCAGCCUUCAGGAGUAUUAAAUACAUACAAUUCUACAGCACAAUAUGGAUCCUACACACCUCAAGUGCCGCCACAUGGACCUUCUCUGACAUCUUUGUUUGAUAGUAGAACUUCUAUGAGUAUAGAUGGAGCAAUGGACAUUGAGGGGGCCAAUACUACCCACCGUAUGACUAACAGUCGUUUAAAGACUUUAAUUCAUAAUAGGCAAAACCAAAGAGAUCAUGGACAAUUAAUACCUAUUUGUAAUCCUGUUCAUGAUUCAACAUAUAAUACAUCACUUCCUGUAUCUCCUGCUACGCCCCAGUCAUCAUAUGCACCUCAGUAUCUACCUCCUUCAAAUCAUCCGGAAAAUGCACAGAAUUCUAUGCAGUACUCUGGAAUAUCGGAAAAUUCCACUUCAUCAUUAAUGCAUUUGCAGCAGCUAUCGCCAAACGGCAUUGAACCCCAGCGGAAUUUUUCGCAAAAUUCUCAUCCUGCUCAUUGGCCUGAAAAUUCAUCUAGUGCUUCAAACAAGUCAUCAGAAAAUUCACCGUCAGUGGUGCAAAAAUCACCAAUAAAACCAUCUCAGAAUGGACAUAGUGAACAAUCUCCUGAAACUCAAACCAGUGAAGAUUUUAAAGCAGUCAAUGGCACUGAGCAGGCAUCAGAUACUUCAAGUAAUAAUUGUGCCUUAGAUACAACUAGUGAAAGAGUAGAAACACAGAAUAAUUCAUCCAAGAUUGCAUCUGAAGAUGAUGUUAAACCAGUCGUCACGAUAGCUCAAGAAACAGUUUCAAUACCUUGUGAUAAUGCCAACAGUCAAGUCACUAUGCCUCCUCCGGCUUCCCCUGCUCCUCUGAGGUACGCUGCACCAAAUCCAAGCUUUGUUCCCACCUUACCUCCACAUGUGUAUAGUCAUCUUCCACCCCCUCAUCAGACUUUGAAUUCUGGUAUUCCACUGCAGCAAGGUUGUAUGCCACCUCCUCCUCUGCCUCUUAUGCCUCCGGCUGUGCCACAUGCGUCUACAAAUGGUGGAACCAGUGCUUCCUUGAAUCCUAUUCCUGUGCCAAAUGAUACAAACUGUGAUGAGUCCACUCCAUCGUCUCCUUUUUUAUUGAAUACGACCACAUCUAUGAAUACAUAUACAAAUACUAUCAAUAUAUAUAAUUCGAAGUUAUCUUUUUCUAAUGCUACUUGUUUGCCAACUUUUGCUAUAACUAGUGUCAGCAAUUGUUCUCAUACAUAUGUCAGCUCACAAUCCUAUAAUUAUAGCAACCAGCAAGUACAUUUAAAUUAUUCGAAUAGUAAUACUAACAUGCUUCCUAAAGGGGGAGGCAUUCCAGGUUCAUGCAUAGAUAGUGGUCGUAUUCAGGACUCGUUCAACAGAUCAGACAUUCCACAAAACACUCAUCAAGACCUCCCCCUUUUACCAUCCACACCUAACUCCAUAACCCAUUUUCCCAGCAACAGUCCAAGAUUUUUUCAUCACAACCAGGACCCCAGUGUCUGUUCAACUCCAAUCACUAUGGAAGUAGAAAACAAAGACCUGGACUCUUUGGAAAGAAUCGAGAGAUUACGCAACAACACAAAGCUGGAACCUCCCCAGUGUGAUUGCCUAAAAAAUAAAGAAGUUCUGUCAUCUGAGAAGCUACCAUACUAUACUCAUUUGGGAAGUGGAUCUUCUGUUUCUGCUAUUCGAGAAUUAAUGGAAUAUAGGUUAGGUGAGAAAGGAAAUGCUAUACGCAUUGAAAAGUUACUAUAUUCGGGUAAAGAAGGUAAAACAUCUCAAGGCUGCCCUCUUGCUAAAUGGAUAAUUCGCCGUUCCGGACCAGAAGAGAAGCUUUUGACAGUUAUCCGUCAUAGACCUGGCCACACUUGCACGACUGCAUAUAUAGUUAUUGCUUUAGUGGCUUGGGAAGGAAUUUCACAGGCUGUAGCUGAUAUGCUGUACAAAACUGUCGUUUACAAAACAGUUAAUUUUGGAAUUCCUACUCAAAGAAAGUGUGGAACUAAUGAAAUGAGAACUUGUGUUUGCCAAGGUUUAGAUGCCGAAUCAUGUGGUGCUUCAUUUUCUUUUGGGUGUUCAUGGAGCAUGUAUUACAAUGGUUGUAAAUUUGCCAGGAGUAAGAAUGCUCGUAAAUUCAAGUUAACAGAAAAAGAUGAGGAACAAGAAUUAGAAGACAAAUUGCAGAAUUUAGCAACAAAUGUGGCUGAUUUAUAUAAAAAGAUAGCUCCAGAUUCCUUUCGCAAUCAGACUGAAUUUGAACAACAGGCAUCAGACUGUCGGUUAGGGCUAAAAAAAGGUCGACCCUUCUCUGGAGUAACAGCAUGUAUUGACUACUGUGCACAUUCACAUAAAGAUUUACAAAAUAUGAAUAAUGGAUGCACUGUGCUUGUCACGCUUAACAAACACAGAGGAUGGGAAAAACCAGAAGAUGAACAACUACAUGUGUUACCUCUGUAUAUGAUGGAUACAACUGAUGAAUAUGGCAGUCAAGAAGGUCAGGAGAAAAAGAUUGCAUCUGGUGCUGUAGAAGUUUUAAACAAAUAUCCUGUGGACUUCAGAAUAAGAACUACUCCCCUGAAACCCUGCAAAACUAGAGGACGCAAACCAAAAGACGGUUUUUCGCCACGUAAACAAGCAUUGCAAACCGCUUUCAGGCAGCUGAUUGCAAGUGGGAAGCUGCGCAAACUUGAAACUUCACUUCACAAUAGUAAUUUUAAAAGUAAUAAGUUAUAUCCUUUAUCGCCUCAUGCUGAUAGCAUUCAUCCUGUUAUCGGCAAUGAAAAAAUUAAAAAUGUAUUUGUCGAUAUUUACAAAGAUGAAUAUGUUAGUUCACGUGGAUUUGAUACAAAUGCAAAUGGAUUUGUAGUGCCUACAUUUUCCAAAGAGAAAACUGCAUGCAAAUUUUAUGCAGGAGAAAAUAUUUUAUCUAAUAGUGAAACUGUAACAACUACCCAAAAUACUCAUAAUAAUUUUGUACCUUCUGAUAAACACAAUCCAGGAACUUUUUCCAUCCAACAGUUGGAAAAAUAUGAAGAGCACAAACAAAGUAAAGUAACUGUAAACAGUUCCAUUUGUUCACCACCAAAUAGCAAUAACAAAUUUAUUGCUUCUUCUGCCGAUACUUCAUCCUUUGUUCAUCACUCGCAACCUCUAAAGGCUGAGCAUAUGGUUAGUCACUUUCAUAAUCCAUAUCAUUCAUAUCCUUAUUCACCGCACCUGCAGAAUAACUCAUAUUACUAUGAUGCACAAUUGCCAUUCCAUAAUCAGCCACCAUAUCAAUAUCCAAUGCCUAAUGUUCCCCUAAAGAUUCCUGGAAAUUAUAGUGCUGCAAGCAUGUAUCCAUACAGGAUUGAACAUUCCACAGAUAAAGUGUGUCUUUUAAAUAAUUUGCCUUAUUCAAAUGCUUUUCAAAGUUACAAUAAUAGUUCAAAUUUUGGAUCAUUCCCAAAAGUACCUGAAGUAUUCGAUGGAACAAAUAAACAGAAUACUUGCACAAAUCUUUCUUCAACAUAUUAUACCUCAUAUUCAUCGCCAUCGGAAUCUGAAAGCAACAUCAUCAAACCAACAAAUCCUACUCUAAGUCAAAAUAAGCAGCAAAAUCAUACGUUCAUGCAUUUAGAAAAAAAUUCAAACUUAAAUAAUGUUCAUGGGAAAAAAGACUUGCAACCUGAAGAAACAGAAUCAAAUUACACGUUGAGGGAUCUGGAUGCAAAGUCUGAUGACAACUUCGGAUCUAACAAUGGAGCAGUAAUUAGAGAACCCAUACAUUAUUCCAAAACGAGUGAUGAUAACAUGCAUUUAGGAGCAAAAGUCUCUCAGUGUGAUAACUAUACGAGGUCUGGAAAUACCUAUGAUAAUCAAGCGAAGAACUACAAUUAUCAUCUCAUGCAAUCUAGUCUGCAACCACAAAGUGAGAACUAUGCAAAUCCAGUGCCGGAUAGUAAUAUGAAUUUAGAUUUCAAGAAAUCUUUUCCAUUUGAUCAAUAUAAUCCUCAAGUUUCCGAAAGUUUUUCUAAAAAUAUGAAGUGUCCAGAAAGCUCAAAAUUUUAUAGAGAGAAAGAUAUUUUGCAUAAGGAACCUCAAAACAAAUUUUAUCAACAACAUACCAAUGAAAAUGCAAGUUACUCUUGUCAUGAAGAAACCAAUCAUUUAGGAUAUUUGACUUCAAAAUACAGUGAUAUUAGUGCGCAAGAAAAUGAAAACGUAAUAGAUUCAACGACUGCUACUUUUGAAGAUGAUGAAAUCUAUGAGGGCCAUUCUGAUAACGAGAGUAGCUUCAAGGAUGUUGAAGUUGGUGGGGUAGCUAUAGCCCUAACGCAUGGUUCAGUAUUGUUCGAAUGUGCCAAGCAUGAGUUGCAUGCCACAACAGCUGUGAAAAAGCCAGAUCGCAAGAAUCCGACUCGAAUCAGUUUGGUUUUUUAUCAGCACAAACAUUUAAAUUUUAAAAACCAUGGUGAAGCUGAAUGGGGACAGAAAAUGAAAGAAAAACGGGCUGCAGACAUGAAAGGUUUGAAAGAGGAUUUUGAUACUUCUCCUCAGAAAAAGCAGUGUUUACACACCGAAGAAAAUAUCAAAGAGCCAACUCCUAUAAGAUAUACUGGUACAACUCCAACAACUAGUUGGGUAACUGUAUUUUCUAUCGCACCACUUGCAGUUGGUGGACCUUUUGGACAUUGAGAGAAAAUAUAUUAUUCUAAAUUUACAGUGCUAUGUUAAUAUUACCCAAGCAGUAUAGCUCAUUUAAUAAGUUAAAGCUUGGAUACUAGUAGCUGCCUUCAACAGAUUUGAAAUUAAUCAAAGUAUUUAAUACGCGGUUGGCAUAUUCUUGUAGUAAGAUUAUAAUUUAAUUAAUAAGUAUAUAUCUCUUUCCUUUCUGCAGAAUUUUACGCAAAUAUACAGAAGACAUAAGGAAAUAUGAUUUUCAUAUGCUAUAUCAAAUAAGAAAUAAACUAGGAAAAAGUUUGUUAAAAAAAUGCAGGGACAUUUUUUAAAAAAAUCAUAGCAAUUUUAAAUAUUUCUUAGUGUUUUCAGUUUAAACCUACAUUUUUAUUCAGAAUCAUAAAACUAUUUUUCAAAUAUUUUAGCUUAUGUAAGAAAAGCUGGUCUCAAGUGUGUAUAUGUACACAUUAAAAUGAUAGAUAUAACAAUCUCCACAGUGAUGUGCUUUAAAUUGCUGCUUGUGAUUGAGAGAUUUUAAUGCAUGUUCAUACUUUUUUUUUAUAGUGAAUAACUAAAUUAAGCUAUGCAUUUCAAUGUGCUUUAAUAUUUGCUAAUGCAAUAAAAUGAACGAAAUAUAAAAUAUACUAUGCACAGAAUCUAUGCAAAUAUCUAGUUCCGAUGCACCAGCAGAAACAAAGGGUAACUUUGACAAACCACUGUAUAAAUACAUUAUACAUUUACCAUAAUGCAGUGCCUGAUAAAAAGACAUUUUAUACUGUAUAUUUAACAGGAUUACAUUUUAUAUUUUUAAACACUCUAUUGUACAGUUGUGGAGCCUGAGAUGCCAGCCUAUUUUUUUUAUCGAAAAAUAAAGAAUAAAAGUGUAUUUUACUCUUAAAAUAAAUUAGAAAAUCAGGUUUUUGCCUUGCAUGCAGUUUUCUCACCCAAUUUUUAUGCACAUGAUGUUUUUCUUUCUUAUGUUCGCAAUCUUAUUCAACAUUUUAGAAAAAAAAUUCUUCUCAACAUAAAAAAUCAUAAAAUAAGGCUUUUGUUGGAUGUCUUUUCAUCCAUAAGCUAAUUUCUUUGCAUUGAAAAAGGCAUUCCUUGUAACGCAGAAAUGCAUGUCUGCAGUAAUUUGUAAUUUUGUGCAAUUAAACCUUGUUAUUUCUUAUUUUACUUUUCAAGCACAAAGUUAUUUAUUUAACUCUUAUAAAAAUUUUUGUUAAAUUUUAGUUGGAAAUUGAUUGCAGUAUAUACAAAUUUAUUCUGUAACUUUAAAUUCCAUUCUCAUGAAGUAACAUGAUCUAAAUAUGUUUCAGAAAAAUGAUUUGGCAUUUAUUUCAUUAAUCAUUGCAUGUAUUUAUUUAUUGAACCACUUAUUUAUUACACGCAAUAACCAAACAGCUUAUUAAGGAAUCCAGACUGCAGUUUUACUCUUACUUAGGAUUAUUUGUCUGAAAAACUCAAUAUAGUGAGCUGUUCCAAGAUAGCGGACCCUCGAUGUUGUGUUAAAAUUAAUUUAGCUACCACUGAAGGUAAUCUUAGCUUAGUUUACUACCUCCAGCUUUUUUAUAGCAGAUCGAUUAUCCCAACCAACUGUAGUUGGAUGCUGUAAUGAGCUGUUUUGGUAUUUGCUUGAAGUUUAGCCUUGGUCUGGCUAAGGAGUGGUCAUUCUCAUGUUCACUUAUUUAUUAUUUUCUACUUAUUGCAUCAAAUUGUAAUGCAUUUAUUUAACCAUUUCUGAAACAUUUACACAAGAAAAAGUUUCUUGCUUGAUAUUUCUUAUCGCAUUUUUUAGGUAGGGGUGGGGAAUUAUUAUAGUUUUUAACUUUACUUCAAUUAUAAUUCAACAAAUUUGGAAAUUUUGUUUUAAUAUUUCUCUCUGUAACAAAAUUUAUGGUGUAGAAACUAAUUGUUUUUAUUACUGUUUUUGUUUUCAUGUUUAUAUGCACAUUUUAAGUUGAUGAAUUAUUAGUCAUUGUUUGAAUUAACGUUUUUUGGUCAUGCCAUGCUGAAGGAUAAAAAUGUGUACUUAAGCAAUGUACCUCAUUAAGAUAUGGAGGAAAGACUUGUAGAUGACUUUUUAUAACAGUAUUUUAUCAUCAUUUUAUAUGAAUCACUGCCAAAUAUUUCUUUUUAAUCCAUUAUUUCUGUAUUAAUCAUUCAUCGAAAUCAUUCACAUAAUCAUUCUUCCCACAAGUUUAAUGAAUCGUUUAGAAAUUUUUUUUUUUAUAGAUUCAUGACUUUUUUUGUUGUACAUUUUACGAGCAAUCGAUUUCAAAUAUUUUUGUAAAGAAGAUGUAAAUACUAUAUAUAAUGUCUGAAAUGACAUUGUUGACAAAUCCCAGCUACUCCUCAACACCAAGAGCUGAAUUUAUAAAAGCCACGUAGGAAACUAUAUUCAAAGAUGCAGUUAUUGUGUAUGAAGUAUGUAGUUGUUUACAUUUUAAACAUUUGUAUGUGAUGUAGAAUUUGUCGUACGUAGUGUCACUUGUAUUGUAAAAUGAUGUUUGUCGGUUUUUACUAUUCUAUGUAGCUGCAAAUUAUAUGUAUUAAAUUAUUUUUG